CCGUCCCAGCGGCCCUGUGGGUGUCACUUUCCUCUCUCCCCGGAGACUCUGAGGUUUCUUCUGCGCUAAGGACGCUGUCACGUCGGCCUAGCUGAUGAGCAGACCCGUAGCCCCCCAGCUUCUGGUGGGGAAAUGGAUCCCUGCAUCUUUAAGGCUCCGCGGGGCUGUCUGCUCCGGCGACGCAGGCAGGGCAGGCUCUGCGGCAGCAGCUGCUCUUCCCACCACCGCUAAGGUCCGGUUAGCCAAGGUGGAGGAUGGGAAGAGAAUGGAGCUCUCCCAGCUCCUCAAUGAGAUCAGGGCAAACUAUGAGCAGCUCCUCACCAGAAAUCAGAUAGAGACGGUGCUGUCCACACGGAUGCAGCUAGAGGAAGAUAUAACCAGAAAGAUGGACAAGGAUGAAGAAGCUCUGAAGGCAGCUCGGGCUGAACUCAAGGAGGCCCGACGGCAGUGCCACCACCUGCAAGUGGAAAUCGAGUCUCUCCAUGCUGUGGAAAGGGGCCUUGAAAACUCCCUGCAGGCCAGCGAGCAGCACUACCAGACCCAGCUGCAGGAUCUGGAGUCCGUGGUGGACAGGCUAGAGAAGGAGCUACAGGAAGUGAGGCGUGGCAUCGAGAGGCAGCUCCAGGAGCACGAGAUGCUCCUCAACACGAAGAUGAGGCUGGAACAGGAGAUAGCCACGUACCGCCGCCUGCUAGAGCAGGAAGAGAUCAGAUAUUACGGUUGUAUCCAAGGAGAGAAAAAAGAAGAAAAACCUACCAGGGGUAAAGUUGGCUUUCUUCUCCCCUCUGCCAUUAUAAAUGAAAUAUCCUUUUCAACAAAAGUCUCACAAAAGUAUGAAAAUGAAACUGAGGAGACAGUGAACAAACAGGCGGUACUAAAUGGAAACACGGUGAAGGAGAGUGCGGAGGCUCAUGGCACCAUUCAGACAGAGAAAGUGGAUGAAGUCAUAAAAGAGUGGGAAGGCUCAUUCUUUAAAGACAACCCUCGCUUGAGGAAAAAGUCUGUUUCUCUCCGGUUUGAUCUCCAUUUAGCAGCCACCGAUGAGGGGCCUUUACAAAGUAGACGGGAUAAUCUACCAGAUAUUGAAGUCAGGCUUAUCAUGCGAAGAUCAUGUAGCAUUCCCUCCAUCAAGCCCCCGCCAGUAACCAACUAACCUGGAGAUAGUAUUUAUCAAGGACACUAGGUUGGACCUAAGUGGGCCAUGCAGACCCCCGGUCCCGAAUGUAAGUUAUUCUAUAUGUAUGGCUAACGUUAAGAUGCUGUGGGCUACAGCUCUCUUCAGAGAACACAUGUAGUCAGAGGUAAAGUUGCUAGGACUCCAAAGAUGAGCCUUUUUUUUUUUUUUUUUUUUUGUGAGGGGGGUGCCUAAAAAUAAAUCAGAAAUCCAAGGUGAUUUGUGUUUUAUUUAUCAUCCAAAUAUAGCUUUAGCGGAGACUUUACUUAUUAAGGUGGCUUGGUUAGGUUUGUCAUUUCCCUCAAAGUCUGAACAUCCUAAGGAAAAUAGAACAGCUUGCUUGGGUACUGAAGAGUUACAGUGAGUUCUGUGGUUCCAGACCAGCUGAACCUAAAAUGUUUGUUCUGCUUCUAAAAAGGCAGCAGUUAGGAACAGAUGUUAAAGAAGGGGACUUAAUAUUUACUUAGGACUUUUCCUUUUCAGACAAUCAUUUGAACCCUGAAAAUUAAGAAGUGUUCAGUCCAUGAGCAAUUCUGAAUGAAGUAUAGAGCAUACCUCAAGGUCAUUUGAUGAUUAAUAAAAUUAUGUUAUUCUAUACCUUAAAGUUUUUUUUAAUAAUAAGUAUCUAGUUUGCUGGAGAGUCAGUUUGUUGAAAGAACUAUAAAAAUUGUAUCCUUACACACACACACACACACACACCAGCUGUACGAACGAAACUUUUAAAGCAAAUUGAAAAGGUGGUUAUUCUAGUUACUGGGACAGUUACCCAACUGCUCAUCAUCUGCUCUUCCAUCUGUAAAAUGAAGUGUGAGUAGCAUUUGGUAUGGCCUUAGAGAAGAUGUUCUGGGAACUAGGAGAAGAGUUCUUGCAGUCAUGUAUGUGAACUAACAGCACAGUGCUGCUACCCGAGCUAAGAAUGUCUGCAGAACUUGUUUUUAACUUGUUCAAACUGUAAUAAAUACAGAUGUAAAAUAUAUUUGUGAAUAAGUGAAGAACUGUUGCAAAGUUUUUUUUAAACAACUUAAUUUGUUCAACGCAGGUAUAUUUACUUGGAGACCUUAAAUAAUAAAUACCUCUUUUAAGACAUUAGACGUUUAUAGGCUUUUUUUUUUUUUCUCUAAACAACUACAAAGAGGAGUACAAACCAUUCACCACUCCUCUUUGUUUCAGCUGAAGUAUCUAAGGGCUACAGCGAUACUAGCAUUUUAAGGCAGCCUUCAACAUCCAUCCCUUCUCUCUCACUCCCUCUCUCUCCCCGUGUACAUACAUAUAUAUGUUGACUAGUAAAUAUGCUUUAGCCUCAAGGAACUUGUAUUAAUUAACUUUUAAUACAGGGACUUAACAUUCACUUUUUUUUCAUUCCUUCAGGCUCCUUUUAGCUGGCUCUCUCUGGUUAAAAGGAACGAUGCUGUUCGCCAAGGAGACAGCGGCAUGUUCACUGCUCAUUUUGGCAUAAGCAUCUGACCUAAAAUUGUAUCUAAUACAUAAAAUGUUUCUUUUGGGCUGGGGGCAUGGCAGGGUAGCAGAGCUUCACCUAGCACACAGGAGGCACUGGGUUCGGACCUCAGGGGAGAGAAAAGGUGAAGUUUCGUUCAUUCAUCAUUAAGCGCUGCAACUUUAUUGAAGCCUUGACAUGCAAUCAUAUGAGAUGUUGUACUCGUUACUGCACUAUGCAACGACGGUUAUGGUAAAGAGAUACGUUUAAUGCAAUCUCCUGCGGUGUUAGUACUGGGCACCGUGGAUUCGCAGCUUGCUAGAGAAAUCCCGCUACAGAGCUAUUCUGUGUAUAACAUGAAGUACUUGAAUUUGUAAACGAGUUUUGUUUGCUUCGAGGCAUUUUAAAAUCAGAAUAUAAAUUUACCAAAGUAAAUGAUACCACCAUAAUAAAAAAAAAAUUGAAACAUAAA